GAAUGCAAUCGCCCAUAAUUUUAAAGGAUAUGCCGGCCAUACUGCACAAGUUAUCAUCAUCGCAAUGCGCUCAAAAUAAGCAACACAACGUGGACGACGAGAUCUCUGCCCUGAAGCAAAAGCUGCAAUAUGACAUGAGGGCCGAUGGGGGGCUCAGCAGCUGGAGCGGUUAAUUAGGUGCAUAGCCACUUCCUAUCACCUAAUGCGCCUUUCGGGUCCGCUUUUGCAGAGUUUUAACGCUGACCUUGUUUGCAUCGCCAUCGCAAAUCAAACACCCACUCUCUGCCCUCUGUAAACUACUUUCUUACACUCGAACUUUUAGCAGCAAUGCCUAUCGAUCGCUUCGGGAGCCUAAAGCAGGCCGACACAUCGCAUCAAACUGUUGUCGAAAUGGAAGGGCUUUUGACGCAGCCUUCAGUGGGGGGCGAAGGUUUGGACACAUUUUUCAACGAGGUCGAAUUGAUGAAAUCGGACAUUAAGAUAGUACGAAGGAAUGUGGGAGAAAUUGAACGAUUGCAUUAUGCGGGGUUACUGUCGGCCAAUGAUAAAGAAAAUAGGGAUGCGCUUGAGAGGGCGUCGAACGAUACAAAGAGGCUCAUUGGAAGGCUCCGAGCAAAAGUCAAGGAUCUGAUGGAGGCAACUGAUCGAAUGAAGCCAACACGGAACGCACAAAUACGUCGCACGCACGAGCGAAGCCUGGUUAAUGAGAUUGUCAAGGUCGCGGCUGAAUAUCAGCAGAUGGAGCAACAAGUGAAACAGCAACACAGAGAGCGUUUGGAGCGCCAGUACAAGAUUGUCCGCCCGGGUGCCACAGAUGAAGAAGUCUCUAAUGUCGUAGAACACGGAGGCAGCGUGUUCUCUCAAGAGAUCCUCAGCGCCCGCGUAGGAGAACAACGACAGGCUUUGGAAGAAGUACAGUCGCGACAUGUCCAAAUCAAGCAGAUCGAGACUGCAUUGGUGGAACUGUUUGACCUAACGACGGAGAUGAGUCAUCUAUUGGACCAGCACCAGGAAAUCAUUAACAUUGUAGACGCUCAGGUGGAACAGGUUCACGUGACUGUGGAGAAAGGGAACCGGGAGCUUACUUUUGCAACCGCAAGUGCUAAAAGUGCUCGAAAAACCAAAUGGAUCAUUGCAGGGAUAGUCUUGGUGGUUGUAGGAGUUAUUGCCGCUGUUGUAGCAGUGAAGCUAUCGCAAUCAAAGAGCCAGCAAAGAAAUAAUGCCUGACUCUAUGCAUCUUGUAUACAAAAUAAUUACCCUUUAUCGCAUUCCUUUGAA